CCGGCGGCCACUGAGAUAGGACUCGAUGACUAUAUGGCGGCAGCGAUGUUCGAACCCGGGACCAUCGGAGCGAUACGUCACGUCCAACGGAUUACCGAGGAAAGCGACCUCGGGCCGUGGCGACUAGGAUUCGAGGAUCUUGAGGUACCUGGUCCUGAAUACAAGGAUGGCCAUAUCGACGUAUUGGAUGCCUUCGAGGAAAGUCGAAAGGGCAAAAAGACGGUCCUACGGGACCCACCCACUAACGAGGAGUCACAGCCCUCGACCUCAGAGGUGCACGAAGCCAACCGGAUAGGGAUGAUCCAGACCGUAGAUUCCGCCUCAGAAAAACCUGAGUAUUUGGUGGAGCUAAUUGACGUGGAUCCGCUGCCCUUCGUCGACAAAGACGCGUGGGAGCUGCACCGUGCGCUGUACAAGUCGGUGGCGCUGGGGAUGUUCCGGUUCUUCGUGGAUCACGAAGUCCACGCUAACGGGGAGCACUUCAUCGUUUACUACGUCAUCGCGCGGCCCAAGCCAGCGGAGAAGGAAGGGACGGUGGCGCUGUACCCCUUCGCCCAGCUCCAGACGAUCGAUCCAAGAUUGUUGGAGCUCAUACACCUUGAGCUCCUCUCCAUUGCGCAAGUGAUCGUGAGCGAGGAGGAGGAGAUCCAACCACGAUUGCGGACAGCGAUGGCCCCGCGGAGGACGUACAAUGCGGUCGUCAUCUCAGAUUUCAUUGCGCAGCGGGCGGAGAGGUUGGAGGACUUCCCGGAGGAAAGGCCGUUGCAGCCUCCCUCAUCGUAUCCUCGACCAGCGCCACCAAAGGCCCCUAAGAAGACGCCGAAGAGGCAGAGACGCCACCCGUCGCCAGGAGCGCAAGGCAGCAGGAUCGGCGGCGGCGAGGAGGUGAUUCAGCCCGCGCGUACACGGAUUCCUGACCCUGCGCCUGGGAGUGCGGCGACGCUCAUUAAGGAGACUAUCGUGCCAUCGCCGCCCAUUCCGCGUGUGCCCGAUCUCAAUCUUGAUGGAGUCGGGCCAUCAUCAGCAGCAGCAGUCGGAGGAGGAAGCCGAAUGGGAUUUCCGGAUCCCAUAUCCAGACCCCCCGUCCUCGAGGGACCUCUUCGUUCCCGCCAGCCACCCCGGGGUGCCCCGGUCAUUGACAUUAGUAGUUCAUUCGAGCCGGACGGUCCAUCCGACCGAGGUGGACCUCAUGGUGGAGCCCGCCACCAUCAGGCUCGAGGCCAUCGUGGGGGCGCCGCGCCCUGAUCCGGCGUGGGAGCCAUCUCUGACACCCCCUUUCCAAGGGUGUAUUGCGGCGCGAUUGGCUGGGACGCUCAUCUACGGGACCGG